UCCAGAACUACCAAGGGCUCCAGUCUCUCGGAGACCAGCCCAUUGAAUUGUUGAAGCCGUCUAAUUGGUCUGCAGCUCAGAAUAAGCCUGGGUGGAUUGUCUAGGGCUGCUCCAAUGAGCUGUAUUGUUGCAGGAGUGAAAUCAAAUUUGUGGACCUUGUGUAGCCUGCAAUAUCCGUUACUGUUAGUAACACAUGGAGUCUGCAGAAGUCCUGGAUUCUCAAGAAAAACCUGAGAAGACACCUGCUACCCUGAACCUAGAACCAGCAGAUCAGGAUUGUGAUGCCUCGUCCACUGAUGUUCCCGCAGAGACUGCGGGGAGUGUUACCGACCCGGACUGUGGUGCAUCACUGGCAGCCCUGGCUCUAAGUGAUUCUGACCUCCCCCCAGCUGAUCAGCAGCCCCCCAGUGCGGAUUUGGAAGCAGCAGUGCUCCCUGCUCCAGGUCCACUUGCACAGGACUUCGACGACAUUUACAGAUCUGACCCAGAAAAUGAAGUGGAGGAAGAACUGGCCAUUUAUACACCAGACAUGCUGGGUGCCCAUGGUGUACCCGAAACAGUGCUUGGAGACCAACAGCCUGUGCCCUAUUAUAUUGAUUGUGGAGAAAGCCUGCCUCCGGACUUCUCAAACUAUCCAGAACACAGCUGGUUGCCUGAUGCAACCCAGGGCCAGUUCCCCAAACCUUUUGCUGAUGAAUCGUUAGGGCAUUCUGCCAUGAUGGCUGGUUACUGGCAAAAUGCAGAGGGGUGGAAUGUUGGCAUGGUGCCAGCUGAUGAAGAAAUGAUGGUAUCAGCGCUGUAUGAAGAGAAACCAGAUAGAGGUUCUGACACAACAUCCAGUGACUUGAAGGAACCGCCGCCCUUGAAGUCAUUAGCAGAUUCUGCAGUACAGACUGAUUGUGUUACUGUGGAUGCAGAGGUCAGUACAGAUCAGGAUGUUGAAAGAUACAUGAAUGAAGUGACAGCUGAACGGGAGGUCCUAAAGGACAAGUAUCAGGAGGUGUUGGAUCGACAGACGCAGGUGGAGAACCAGCUCCAGGUCAAAGUCCGUCGCCUUCAGCAGCAGCAGGAGGAAGAGGAGAACAUCUACCAGGAUAAUGUUAAGCAGAUCAAGGAGAUGAAGGUAAAACUGGAGGAGCUGAAGAGGAAGUCUGAAAAGGAGAAGAAAGAAUUUGCUCAAAAAGAACAAGAGUUGAAGAAUGAAGUUGAGAGGCUGUAUGAGAAUGGGAAGCGGCUGAUGAAGGAGCAAGAAGAGAAGGGGAAACAGGUUGCCAUCCUGAUAAGCAAUCAUUCGGACAAAAAGGAGAAGCUGAAUGAGGAUUUGGCAAAACUGCGGCUCCAGCAUAACAAGCUCAGUGAGAACAUCUUGGAAGAGACGGAGCGCGCCUUAAAAGCUGAGGUUCAAUCCCUAGAGAGCAAGAGAGAGAUUGCAGUUAUGAUGUUGGACCAGGCAGCUAAUGAGGCAGAACUACAGAUUUUCAACUUAAGGUCCAUAACAGGAAGUUCAAACCUUGCGCGUGAAUGGCAGAGAAGAUUGAAUGACAUCCAGGUUCAAACAGAGAAUAUAAAGAAUCAGUACAAGGAUCACAUUCAGAUGGUCAAGAACGGUGCAAAACUCAACAGUCUACCUCCCAUACAAACGCCAACACUGCCGCCUCCCCCUGCAGAGCCUGAUUUUCUGUCCCAGAGGAACUGGCACCCCUCUCCCACACUGCCCCCCUUUUUCCCUAGUAGCCUGCCUCCUUUGGCAGCAUUUCCCCCCGUUGCCUUUUACACCCAGCCCGUCCCGUCUGCUCCAGGUUUUCCGCUGGGAUUGGGGCAUCCAGCUGAGGUGGAAGAUCACAGCACCCCGGUUGUUGCCAGCUCAGCAACAAAACUGGAAAAACUUCUCGGCAAACUGGAGUUGAAGUUUCCAAACUGUAGCAGACCGCAGCUGAUGCACAUCCUGCAACGGAUAAAGACUUCACGUGGGUCUAUAGCUGGCCUCUCAGUGGAGGAACUAAUUCAGCAAGUGGGUGAACGUCUCAGUGACCCAGACCAGUGUCUGCCGUCAGGCCCCCCUGGUGUCUCUUCCAGCAUGUCUGGGCACUUCCCACCAGCUGCUACUCUGAUCAGUCCUUACAUGGCCUUGCCCAAGAGCAGAAGUGGAGCUCUGCCUUCAUACCAAGAGAGACCAGCACUGGUCCCUGGGAUCCCUCGACUGUGUUUGAUGUGUCAGAAGGUUGUGCCCGUCAGUGAGGUGCAUCCAAUGGCAUGCUCCCACAUUGUCCACAAAGAGUGCAUCAAGUUCUGGGCACAGACCAACAAAAACAGCAGCUGUCCUUUCUGCCCAACACCACGGUGAGGGACAUUUCUGGACUCUUGGGCUGGAGGAGAUGGAGGAAGAUGGAAGUGAACUUUGAGGACUGUGCCAGAGCCGAACAACACGAACUAUUUAUGUUAAGAGAAAGGAUCCACACCAUGGGAAAUAAAUGGAUAUAUUUGUGGCAUGUUGCCCAUUUAAACCAAACUGGCACCAGUGUUCUGAACAUGUUAUAAAUGACAUUGAAGUGGAUCACUACAGCUCCGUGUUCUGGGAGUUAAGACUACCAUUAAGUUUUUCAGCUACCUGAAGAAUUAAGCUGACUUUAAGUGAUGAAAGAUUAUCAACCCAAAAUGUUAACUGUGAUUCUCUCCCUGCAGAUGCUGCCUGACCAGCUGGGUAUUUCUAGCAUUUCGUUUAUUUUAGGUUUCCAGCAUCUGCACUACUUUUGAUUUUUAUUUCCCAAUUACUUUGUGUAGUUGUUGACCAUAUUUUGAGUGCAUUAAACUUUUAUUUACAUGCUUGCUAUUUGGCAACAGUGGUACACAGUACACAAAAUGUUCCUGAAUAUAUUACUUUGCAGGGCUGAAGUUCGGCCAUAAAAUAAAAAGCAACAGAUAAUAUUUAAUAUAAUUGGCACUCCAGAGCAGACCUGUCUCCAAGUAUCUGGCAAUUUCUCCAAAUCCUGUACCUUAAUUGAAGAAAUAUUUAGGUUGACUGAUUGAAGAUAGACCUUAAAGUGGGUAGUUUACUGUGUGCUUAGGAGUAGCUCAUUGUUGAGAUCUUGUGGUUAAUCAUAUCCCUUUACCACCAGAGACUGCUUUAAUGUUUUCUGUGGAUACCUUAGGGAUAAUUCUCACAGCCAAGGUGGCCAUGAUUAAACUGAAGGUGGAUGAGCCAUUUACCUGUAAAGCUGUCAGAAAUAUAAGAUUAACCUUGACCCCCUUCGGUGAUUGAGGUUACAUUUCCAGCAACGUUCAAAAUCUGGAAAUUUCCCCUACCGCCCCUCCCCAAUCUUGUUCUCCCUUUUCACCACAGGGUGGGUGCCCUCUUCCAACUGGCCCCCUGACCCAAGGGCUGGGGUUAAUGUGCAGCAUCAGCUCCCAUCCUUGCUACAAGCAAAGAUAGAACAAGCCACCGUAACUCGCUGUUUAUUAGACACUCGUUUCCUUCACUACACUGUGAAAUCCUCAGUGAUCCGAAAUUCUGUCUAUAGAUUGUCUUGUAGAGAAUGUGGAAAAACAAUUUUUUAUAUAAUUAAUUUAUAUGGUUCUGACCUUGCAGAUCAAGCUGUUGCCACAGAUAAUGAUGCCAAACAACUUCAUGAGCAUAGCCUUUUGUUGCGAGCCACCUUGUUGAAUUUUGUAAAGGGUAGAAUGUGCUGACCUCUAAGAAUAAAUGGGGACUGGUAUGAAUUCAUAGUUCCUAUCCAACAGUCAUUAUUUAGGCUCUUUCAGCUCCCUACAAUAACUGCCCCUCUUAUUUUGCAUAAUUUAGUUCUGUAUUUAAACUGGAUACUUUUAUAAUUCUUUGAUUUAAGAAGUUGUAAUUGAAGAGAGAACAUUAGUUAAGUACACCAUUUGGCUUCUGCACCAAGUCUACUGACCUGACAAUUUUUAUUUAUAGACUCAGUUGAGCUUGUGUGAUGCAUUUAUCAUAGAGAGAUGGCAGGAACCACUUGAGAAAAGCAGUCAUAAGGUGACUGAAGAACAAACCAGUGGCAAGGAAUCGGUGUUACUUGUUCCUUGGCAUCUGUUUACACCAUCCUUCACCAAGCCAGCACUAUAAGUGUCCUGAGGCACCUCGCUCUGACAAAGUCCCACGCCCUACCAAAACGCAGUGCAGAUUCAGAACCUCUGCAUUAAAUUGAACACCUGCUGUUCCAGACCACACAGAUAAGUGACAGAAUGUUCAUCCAUCUGGCAAACUGUUUUAAUGAUUCCUUUAACUUCCAAAUGUGAUUGGGUUAAGGACAGAGAAAUGUUUUUAGAAGCUUAAUGGAAGAUUUUAAUUUUGGUGAUGGUCUAGAUGGAUCAUCAUGGAUCAUCAUGCCAAGUGGAUCAUCAUGCCCACCCAAUUGAAUGGGUUAAUUCCCCACAAAAGGAUCGUCUCCCAAUCCUCCAAUACUUUACCCAAUGGCCAAUCUUGAUUCUACACUGGUGAUCGAUUUUCUUUUUGACAGUGGACACUACGCGUGCUGAACCCAAUCCUGUCGACUGCAAACAUGUUCUAGCAAGGGACUGGAUAGCAGUCAGAGCCCCAAGCUGAGUUUGUCUUCCAUUUUUGUGUGCGUCAUUGACAAGGCCAGUAUUGAUCCCACAUGUCUUAAUUUCCUGGUGGGGAGCAUUCAAUCCAUGUGGUGAGGGUGCACCCGCAGUGCUGCUGGAUGGGAAUUCCAGGGUUUAGACCCAGGGACAAUAAAGGAAUGGUAAUGCAUUUCUGAAUCAAGGUAGUGUGUGACAUGGAGAGGAAUUUCAGGGUUGUGGUGUUCCCCUUCAUCUUCUGUCCUUAUCUUUCUAGCUGGUAGAGGUCAUAGGCUUGGGAAAUCCUAUUAAAGAGGCUUUGGCAAGUUAAUUCCAUUUUAAUGACAUAAGGUAUAAACUGGAGCUAAUGGUUUGCUGAUUGCGAAGGGACAGCGGUAGCUGGGAUGGGUUGCUGGUUGAGUGUGCUGCUCUGGAGAUGAGUAUUAUGGGAGCUACAGUCAUUCAAGCAAGUGAGAAUUAUUUUACCACAAUCCUGACUUGUCUGACUAGCUGCUCUCUUUUUCCUCCACUCUAGAAACCAAAUUAGACACUGAAAUUCUUUAAACCAGUGGUCUUGUCGUUUGGGCAAAGCAGCUGCCCUUUUGCAAUCAGGAUUAUAUUGUUUUUGCAGAACCAUCGAAUUACCCUUAAAUACCAGAUUAGAAAUAGUCUCACUAUGUAUUGGAAAAGGAUUCUAUCUGAUGAAUUGGUUUUCUUGCCUAAAAUUUUCUCUUUGCCUUCUGGAAUGCUUGUCAGAGCUGGCACUGGUGUAGGGCUGUGUGAGUUGAAUCAGUUUAUAAUGUUAUUGUUUUCAUAGCUCCCUCUUCUCUGGAUAUCCCCGAGCCUGCCUUUGAACCUUGCCUGCAAUAUUUUUUUUCAGCCAUCCUGUUUGUUACACUCACACAUUUCUGACAUUGAUUUAAUAAUGCUUUUAUAACAUAACAUUGGAAAGCGGUAGCCCGACGCUAUAAUUUUUAAUGAGUAACACUGACAGUUUCUAUUCAGCACUUUUAUGUGAGUAUCCUGAAGAUCAGUGUUUGCCCUCUCAGAAACCUCCAAGGCAAACACCAUUUUUUUUGAAGACCUUUUGAUUAAGGCUACAGGAUGUUCUGUUCUUUAAAAACAUGAUUCUGAUGUAAAGACACAAGAGGCUGCAGAUGCUGGAAUCUGGAGCAGCAAACAAUCUGCUGGAGGAACUCAGAGGGUCGAGCAGCAUCUGUGGGGGGAAAGGAAUUGUUGACGUUUUGGGUUGAGACCCUGCAUCAGGACAUCCGAGAUAGCUCUCCAGUUUGAUUUCCUUUGAAAAUAAAUGUACAGAACAAUUUUGCAGCAGUCCAAAUUUUAUAGAAGAUAGGUUGUGGUGAGGAAAAGCAAAAUAUUAAGGAGCAGGAAGAAAAUUGUAAUUUCGACAUGUACCGUAAGUUAUAAAAUUUAUACUUUGUUUCUCAUUGUACUUUCUUCCCCAUCUCCUUUCCUCCAACAUGGUCCCUUCUGGGUUAUUUAAAGCAUAGCUGCUCCUUUAGUGUAAAUAUGAUACUGUUUAUCUUUGCAGCAAAAGGACAUUGAUCUCCUAAGUGGGAAACAUAAAUCUUCAAAUAAACAGGGUAAAUGAUGUGCAAAGAAGAGUGCCUUAUCAUUGGAGGAUUCUUGGCUCUUGCGCAGCCACAUUACCCUGUCGGAAGAU